AUGGCAGAUGAAAAGUCAGCAGAGGCCAUCGCCGCAAACUCCUUAGCAGCUCGAGCUGCAGCUGGACAAACUAUCAGACGACGAGCCGCUAAUUUACCGUCAAAGGCCAAACAAGGCGAUCGACCUGCGUCAACUCGAGCCGCUGGACAUGGUGGCAGUAGUAACACGAUGAUGAGGUUGUAUACUCAAGAUGACCAUGUCGGAUUGAGGGUCUCCCAUGGCUGACAAUACAUGUGUACUUCGUUUAUAUUCCAUUGAUCGAAACCAACAGUGAACCGGUCGUAGUUCUAGGAUUGUCUGUGGUGUUUGUAGCUUCCGUAGUUUGUUUACAUCUGGCCAAUAAAUUGAUGAGGUGGUUGAUGAAAUGA